GUGACACAAUACUAUAUGAUAUGAUGUUGACCAACACAUGUCUCUCUAUUAAAAAAUGAAUUAAAGGAUUUAUAUAUGGCAAAAAGGACUCGAACUGGACCAACCUAUAUUUAAAACAAGGAUACCGAUUAUACCUAAAAGUUAGCACAUGCUUGUGAAACGAGGACUUACGGCACGUGGGGUAAAUAAUAAACAUGACUGUCUCUUUGUCAGUCAUCACCGCGUUACCACGUAAUCAUCUUCCUCAACGCGCAGACAACCUAAGACCUUCUUCUUCAAAUUCUCGUACUCUACUUAUCAUACACGAAUAUAAAUACACUAACAAGUCGCAAUUCUCACUAUAACUGUCAACUCGAAAAAAAAACACCUGGAUUAGUACACAAAAACCAUAAUAACCAAAAAUAUAUACAUAAACACACUCAUCUAACCCUGUCCAUUUUAUUUGUAUAGAGAGAUAUGGAUGCAUCACCCAAGUACACAGGUGUAAGGAAGAGGAAGUGGGGAAAAUGGGUGGCCGAGAUUCGUCUCCCAAACAGCCGUGAGAGGAUCUGGCUCGGCUCCUUCGACUCUGCAGAGAAAGCUGCCCGUGCUUUCGACGCCGCUCUUUACUGUCUCCGCGGCUCCGGAGCGCGAUUCAACUUUCCGGAUAAUCCGCCGGAGAUACCCGGUGGACGUUCCCUAACGCCGCAGGAGAUUCAGGUGGCAGCUAACCGUUUCGCCAGCGAGGAACUGUUACCACCACCACCACGACAACAAGGAUCACCGUCGCCUCGUGGUGAUAAGUCGGAAGAAAGAGGAGGAAUUUUGGCACGUGGGGAAACUAAUGUUGGUGGGCCAACGUUAGGAGAAGUUGGUGAAUAUAAUAAUUACAACAGCGAGAAUAAUAGCAAUGGUAAUGAUACGACAACGUAUUGGCCGUUUCUAUGGGAUGAGAAUCUUCUGGUUUCUAGUAUGUCGGAAGAGUUGGGUACCUUCUACAUGGAGGAUUCGUUACAGCAACAUGAACAGGAGCUCUCAUCUGAUUUUUACUACGAUGGAGCUUAUGUUGUUGAAGAUGAUUUCUCUCAUUACAAUAUUAACCUUUGGAAUUUCUGAGAUCCAUAUUUUUAGUAGUGAUCUUGGACCGAAUAUUCCAUCAUUACUGAAGGUGAAUCAUUAAGCUACUAGCCUCUUAUUAGGUUCGUAUAUUAGAUUAGUAGCUAGAAUUCAUCUUCUUAAUCUUUUUAUUUCAUUUAUUAAAUUUCUAUACAAAUAUAUUUCAUAUGUUUUUUGUGCUUUCUUUUACUUGCACAUUGCUUUCACUGUACUUUUUACUGCAUUUUGUUUGUUAACAAGCCAAUAUUGACCCCUAUUGUUUGGUCAUGGAUGUUUUCAAAGUUUACACGUAAGGUUACAUAUGUGUAUUUCUACAA